AUGAUGCAGACAUUCAUGUACAAGUUUUUCCUGCAAUCAGUGUUGCUUUUUAUUCAGAUACUGUGUCUGAACGGUGAGGGGUCAGCACUGGUGCCCACUGAACUUGCUCCUGUUCCCUGCAACGACAAAGCUGUGGAAAAGGUGUCUCGUUUGGCUCUCACUUACAUCAACGAGGAUCGGGCUGAGGGCUACAAAUUUGCGCUCAAUCGCAUUGCCAAUGUCCAUCUACAUGCUCAGGGCCCGGCGGGCAACGUGUACUACCUUGACCUGGAUGUCCUGGAGACCAAGUGUCACAUAGGCAGCCCAAAACCGUGGAAACGCUGUGAUGUCAGACCAUUCAUGGAAACACAAAUCUCUGGUAACUGCAACACCACCAUCCUCCACACAUCUGAAGGUUACACCUACCUGUAUAGUUACGACUGCACACUUGUGCCAGACCCCGCAGAGAAGCUGCAACAGACAUGUCCUGCCUGCCCCAUCCUACUUCCCGUAGACAGUCCACAAGCUGUGCUGGCCGUUCAAGUCUCUCUGGCAUACUACAAGAGACUUUCCACUCUGGGUGCAGGCCUCGGAGUGAAGCGGAUCACCAGAGCUGCAGAAAAAACUCUCCCAGUGAAAGCCAGAUUUGUGGAGUACACAGUUCAAGAGUGUCCAGAGGGAGUGACUGAGAGAGGCACCUGUCAGCAGUUGACACCCGCUUCGGACACUGAGACUGCAGGCUUUUGUACAGCAUCUGUCCAUGGAGAUCUCCACGCGCAUCCGGACGUUCAAGUGUCCUGCGAGAUGUUCAAAAUACAGAAUGUGGAUGUCCUUCGCCCGCUGAAACCACAAGGUCACGACCUCCCCGUACAACCUCACAUCCCAACUCUGCCUCCUUUCCAUUACCCAGGAAAAGAUCAGCAGCCUGCUCAUUCUGAUCCUACACCACUCCCUGAUCCUCAACCAGCACCAUUUGACCCCACACACCUACCUGAUCCUCAACCUGCACCGUUUGACCCCACACAGACUCUCCCUGGUCCUGUGCACCCUUCACUAAAUCCCCCAGUCAGCUUGUCCUCAUCUUCCAGCGAGUCUGCUGAAGAUUUUUUUAAUCGGCAGUCAAUUGACUCAUCCUCCGAAGAGAUAGGAGGCCCUCUGGCUUUGCGUCCGCCAUUGGAUUUUCACUAUAAGAAGCACGACCGCACGAAACGACAGGCCUUGCCGGAAAGUUCACCAUCCCACAAACCGACAUUCCUGUCUGAUUUCCCGAGUGGACCAUCUCCUUUCCGUUCCUGCCCUGGUCCUGCUCGAUACACCACAGUUUAA